CGAAUGGAAUCGACCGGCAUGGCGAGCGUACACCCAGGCGGNGUGGUCAAGCUGACGAUCCACCAAGUCAANCANGACGGCGCUGGACCAUACACAUGCGAUGCAAGUCUGAUCGUUGGCUUUGNAUGCNUCGAACAAGGCUGACCCAUACGAUUGUAACAGGCCUCUGCUGCGGGCGAUGGGUCCGAUUGGGUAUCGAUGCAAAUGGCGAAAAACGUUCCAGGCCUAGGCUUCGGUGGCCUCGGACUAGCAGCAGCCAAGGACUGGCCAGUCGAAGCCGUCAUGCCCGCGGGGACACAAUGCAAAGCCGGCGCGGACGGUCAGACUUGUCUCAUCCGGUGCCGCAAUGCCGCUGCUGCCGGUCCCUUCGGAUCUUGUGCCGCCGUCACCCAAAAGAACUAAUCUC